AUGUCUUCUGCGGAACCCCUGACGGCGCUGUCCCGCUGGUACCUGUACGCCAUCCAUGGCUACUUCUGCGAGGUGAUGUUCACGGCGGCCUGGGAGUUCGUGGUGAACUUGAACUGGAAGUUCCCGGGCGUCACGAGCGUGUGGGCCCUGUUUAUCUACGGCACCUCCAUCCUCAUCGUGGAGCGCAUGUACCUGCGCCUGCGGGACCGCUGCCCCCUGCUUCUGCGCUGCCUCAUCUACACCUUCUGGACCUACCUGUGGGAGUUCACCACCGGCUUCAUCCUGCGCCAGUUCAACGCCUGUCCCUGGGACUACUCCCAGUUCGACUUUGACUUCAUGGGCCUCAUCACCCUGGAGUACGCCGUGCCCUGGUUCUGUGGGGCGCUCAUCGUGGAACAGUUCAUUAUCCGCAACACCCUCCGCUUGCGCUUCGACAAGGACGCAGAGCCCGGGGAGCCUGGUGGUCCCCUCGCCCUGGCCAAUGGCCAUGUCAAGACUGACUGA